AUGUCUACCGGUAGCACUAUAGUUCCACGAACCCGGGAUGAGGUGCCGGAUGUGUUCCUGGCAAAAGCAAGCAACGCUGUCGCAGCUGGCUCUGACAUGAUGUUCAACAGGUCGAUAUAUGCACGUUGGGCAAAACCUCGGCGGAAUGUCCAGCCCAAUAGCACACCAUCGGCAUGUACGGAUCGCAAAGCAUGGAAGCAAGGAACGGCAUUCCGUCCUGCGGUCUCUGUCAGACACGUGGGCCAGCAAGCUGUUGAGGUUUGA